AUAGUGCAGUUUCGAUCGUGCCGCAUCAAAGAACCCGGUUACUUUCUCUCGCCACCAUGGAACAGAAGACUAAUUUGAAACAAGACCCAGCAUACCAAAAACUUCAAGACUUCUAUGGCUUGAAUUCUGAGAAGAUCAACAUUCAACAACUUUUCCAACAAGACCCGGACCGGUUCAAUAAGUUUAGCCUCCGUAUACCAACUCCAAAUGAUGGUGAAAUCCUGCUGGACUAUUCCAAGAACCGCGUGGACGGUGCCGUCAUGGCGCUGCUCCACAACCUGGCAAGGAACCGCGGCGUCGAGAAAGCCAGAGAUGCCAUGUUCUCAGGCCAGAAGAUAAACUUCACGGAAGACCGUGCGGUGCUGCACAUUGCGCUGCGCAACCGCCAGAACCGGCCCAUCGAGGUUGCCGGGAAGGAUGUCAUGCCCGACGUCAACGCGGUCCUGGCGCACAUGAAGGAGUUCAGUCAGCAGGUCAUCUCCGGGGAGUGGAAGGGGUACACUGGCAAGCAGAUCACUGACGUGAUCAACAUUGGUAUCGGCGGCUCAGACCUGGGCCCGCUCAUGGUCACCGAAGCGCUGAAACCCUACGCCAACCAUCUGAAGGUACACUUCGUGUCGAAUAUCGACGGCACCCACUUGGCCGAGGUUCUCAAGAAGUUAAACCCGGAGACGGCGCUGUUCAUUAUCGCCUCCAAGACCUUCACCACCCAGGAGACCAUAACUAAUGCCACUUCGGCCAAGACCUGGUUCCUUGAAGCUGCUAAGGAUCCAUCUGCGGUGGCGAAGCACUUCGUCGCGUUGUCCACGAACGGCGAGAAGGUGACGGCCUUCGGGAUCGACUCCAAGAACAUGUUCGGUUUCUGGGACUGGGUUGGUGGAAGGUAUUCCCUGUGGUCGGCGAUCGGUCUUUCCAUCUCCCUGUACGUCGGCUUCGAUAAUUUCGAGAAGCUUCUAGAAGGAGCCUUCUUCAUGGACCAGCAUUUCGCCACUGCGCCGUUGGAGCAGAAUGCGCCUGUGAUCCUGGCAUUGCUCGGAAUCUGGUACAGCAAUUUCCACGGCGCGGAGACACACGCGCUUCUGCCCUACGACCAGUAUCUGCACAGAUUCGCGGCAUACUUCCAACAAGGCGACAUGGAGAGUAACGGCAAGUAUGUGACGCGGUCUGGCCAGCAGGUGGACUACAGCACCGGGCCCAUCGUGUGGGGCGAGCCCGGCACCAACGGACAGCACGCCUUCUACCAGCUCAUACACCAGGGCACCAGACUGAUCCCCUGCGACUUCAUUGCGCCCGCGCAGACCCACAACCCCAUCUCUGGCGGCGUGCACCACAAGAUCCUCUUAGCCAACUUCCUCGCGCAGACCGAAGCCUUGAUGAAGGGCAAGACUGCUGAUGAGGCGAAGGCGGAGUUAGAGAAGUCCGGCAUGGCGCCGGAGGCUGUGGCCAAGAUCCUCCCGCACAAGGUGUUCAAGGGCAACCGGCCCACCAACUCCAUCGUCGUGAAGAAAGUCACGCCCUUCACUCUUGGCGCGCUUAUUGCAAUGUACGAGCACAAAAUCUUCACCCAAGGCGUGAUCUGGGACAUAAACUCGUUCGACCAGUGGGGCGUGGAGCUCGGUAAGCAGCUGGCGAAGGCUAUCGAGCCUGAACUCCAGGACAACAAGCCUGUCACCAGCCACGACGGCUCCACCAACGGGCUUAUUAACUUCUUGAAGCAAAACUUCUAAGCUAUACCCUCUUGCGUUAAUAGCAUGGUGCUGACAGCUGACAUAAUACAUUAGUAUAUUGUUCACCUAGGGAAUAAAGUGAUCGAUUACCAACGAGGAUGUAGCCUUAAUACAUCGGAGUUGGAAAUUUAUACUACACUUAAAAGGAAAAUGGCUGAAAUUGUUGUAACCCUUAUCCAUUUUCAUAUUGAAAAUUCGUAUAAUACAAUAUGGCGUCCGCGCGCAAUUGUCAUUGUUUUAAAUUUAUUCUUUUUAUUUAUUAUAUAACAUUCAGCCACGUCACGCCUCCUACUAGUAACACAGCCACAAACCUGUUUGUAUUUUGACAUGUCCCAAAAUUUAAUUUUAGAAUGCGGAAUGGUAUUUAUUUUCAUAGGGGCUUAUUUUGACAUCACAGUAAUGUCGUACUUUCUGCCCCUUUAAAAAAAUUUUUUUGGGGCCGUCCAUUAAUCAUGUGAUAUUUUUUUUGGCAUUUUUUCUUAUUGUAAUCUAUCUUUCGGUCCUGCUCUCAUAAGCACCAUGCUAGAGCGAACUUAGUUGGGAAAUGGUCUUUAUGUAAACGUUAUUUAGAAUGAAGAAUAAUUUAUUGAAAAGUUUGGAACCUAACUCUCGAAGUAAGAUCUGAUUGUUUGCGUUUUAUUUUGGGCUCUAAGGUCGAUCGCACUUUGGUCGCUUUUUAGUUUCGUACGAAUUUAUCUCGCGAGAACACGUACGAACUAGAGGUGCCGAUCGAUAGUUGAGCAAUAGUAAGAAUAUCGAUAAUUUAAUCGAUAGUGUUGAUAGUUACCGAUAUUAUCGAACCGCACAGAAACAGAACAAUCGAUAUUUAUUACGCGAUAUAAUAACCUCAAACUAAAUCAAAUCAAAUAUACUUUAUUGCACACAACAUACAGAACAGAUUCACACAGAUGAAGAUAGAUACAGUACAAACUAACGAGUUUUGUAUCUGUGAGCAUCAACAGUAUUCCACUAUUUCCACUCCGACGAUGCUAAUGUCAGGUUUCGAGUUAUCGAUAGUUUUGUUAUUAUUAAUUCAGGUAGGUUUUCAAUUUUGGCAAAUAUUUCACAGAAUUUCCGACAUUUUUAUGUCAAAUCCUGUCUUAAUUAUUAUUUCUAAGGUUCCGCUUGUAUUUAAAUAUUGAAGACGUAACACUGCAGUAUUUUAAGACCAUAUUUUUCAAUAACUUAAACUUUAUUAUGCUAUACAUUCAAUAAUUUUUAGAGAUGCUUUUGUUAAUAAUGAAGUCGUUUCGUGUAUACUUUGAUAGCAAUGUACGUAUGUGUGGUAAGAGAUCAAAUUAUGAAAAUAUUUAUUUAUUAAUAAGAAAAAGUGGAAAAAAAGAAUUAAUAUCACUGCCUAUGUAAUGAAAAUUAUCGGCGAAAUAAAUUUAUUGUUGUAUCUAAAUGUUUAAUCUGAUAUUUUAGUACAUAAAAUAUUGAAAAUACAUUUAUAAUCAAUAUAAAUGUAGUAAAAUAGAAUAUCUUAGAAUGUCUGCUUUUAAAUGUUCGAAACUCUGUUGGUUUAUAGAUGAUAUAUUUUUAAUGUUGUAUAGAGCAAUAAAUAAAACAAAAUUCUGUAAAAA